AACUGAUCAAAUACCAACCAUGGGACAGGCACAGCAAACGGAAAACGCCGAAGAAAUCGACAUAAAAGCACUUCAGGAUAUGUACAAAAAGUUUGUCACGGAGUGCCCGAGCGGACGACUUUUUCUGCACGAGUUCAAGCGUUUCUUCGGCGUGGACCCCACAGGUGAAGCUUCAGAUUAUGCGGAGAACAUGUUUCGAGCGUUUGACAAAAACGGGGACAAUACAAUAGAUUUCCUUGAGUUUGUAGCGGCACUGAACCUGGUCUUUCGGGGCGACACGGAGCACAAGCUGCGCUGGUCGUUCAAGGUGUACGACAAAGACAGCAACGGCUUUGUGGACAGGGACGAGCUGCGGUCAAUAAUCGAUAGCAUUCAUCGUGCGACAAAAGGCAACAAGAAAGACAGCAACGAGCCCCAUAUGACGGUCGACGAUGCUGUGAAUCGAAUAAUGCAGGCAGUCGAUACUGAUGGCGAUGGCUGCAUUAAUAUGGAAGAGUUCAUCAGAGGGGCAAAGCAGGACCCCUGGGUGCUCAACAUGCUGAAAGUGGACAUAAAACCUUCCCGGUGGAUUCUGGAUCAAAGGAGAAAAAGUGCGCACUUCUGAAAAUGGUACACAUCAUAGGCCUUUACCUCAAUAAAAACCCAUUUAGUGCUUAAAGUGCCCUGGGGCCGUAUUUAUCAAGCUUCUUAGAAUUACUCCUAAGAAGUCUGCUAAGAGUUGACUUAAGAGUAAAGAAAUUCUUCGCUGAAAGCUGCACUUAAAAGUUAGUUAUCAAGCGUCUUACUCACACUUUCAGCGAAGUGUAGGACUGAAUCUUAAGUGCCACACUCAGAGCUGAAUUACGACAUUACUAUGUGCCGUAAACGGAAUUUUAGGUGACGUCAUUUCUGUGUCCAAAGAAAUGACCAUUCACGGAAGGGAAUCCCUUGUCUAAGAAUAAAGAAAUAUCUUAGAAAUAUUUGAGUGGACAAUGGGAGUGUAUAUUUUGACAAUAAACUACAAAAUAAUACAAAACAAACAAUAUUGGCAAUGAAUCAAAAAUAAAUGUUUCCUUUUUGUUGCACCUUUCCUGCUUCCUGCUCCCAGACCGUAGUCGAAGAGCGCAGGGGAGACACUUCUCCAGGGCCGAUGUAUGCUCGGGGCAACACCCUUCACUUUACCCGGCAGUGGGUCUCCACAGCGGACGACUUUAGGGUGAAUGAUGAGUCCGGCGAUUAGUUGCAGAUCUUGCACACAGCCAAUCCAACACAAAACAAACUAGUCCCCGCCCGCACUCACGCUACCGCUCCCUCUCUUCUCUCGCCCACACACUCACUGACGUCACUCACCUCACAUGCUGUCACCUAUUAAAGGGCCACACACACACAUAAGCUACUCUCAUAACAUUUUCUUUCCAAUUCAUUAAUUAGGCAACUCAUUUGAAACUGGUGUGGGUGGCUCUAUAUAUACUAGCCCACUGCAGCCACAUGCAGAAAUCAACAUGGAAUCGAAAAUGAUUAAAUCUGACAAAAAUAAUACCCGCUCUGUCUAAACGAUACCGUUUGAUCAGCUGCUCGUCAUCAAACAAAGCCAGGACAUCCUUCGGCUCCCUGAACGUUGGCACACGUCUCUCUCGCCUCAGUGCCAUCCCCUGCUGGCAACUCCUAACCACUUAAGACACCUCUGAAGGUCUCUUAAAUAUCGUGGAGAGUAGGAGUGAUUCUUAGACUUAAGAAAGUUGAUAAAUAGCUUUUAUUCUUAAGUUUGAGAGUAGGACUAAAUUUCGCAAAUUCUCUGGACUUAAGUGUAAAAUGGCACUCUAAGACGCUUGAUAAAUACGGCCCCUGGCAUGUACCGUAGUUGUACAGGUUUUUUUAAAUUCAUACAGUCAUACAAACAUGUCAUUUAUACACCACAGCACUGGAUGUCAAGUAAAAUAACCAACAUAUGUCUGAAGUGUAGUAAACACACAGUCUUUAAGAAAGUACAACAAGAAUGCAUACAUUUUCAGACGCUGAAAAGUAUCAGAACUUUUGGGAUAAUUGUUGAUAAAUACCCUAAUCUUAACACUGGUUCGCUCUUUUGCAGCGAACCAGUGCCUGAAGUCUGGUACGGAGGGUCAAAUGCGAAAUAAGUAAAUACAUUUUCAAAGAAUUACUUAAAUGUGUAAUUUAAUUGAUUUGGAUUGGAAUUUAUUACAUUAAAUGUGUAUCGGAUAUCAGCCCGAUAUCAGCAAAAACACCAGUAUCAGCUGGCAUCUAGCUAGAUAGCCAGUUAACAUCUAAAUGUCCUUUGUUAAUUACACAAAGUCGUUUUUCUUCUGUUUCAGUCAAGUCACUUACAAAAGGUAAACAUGGAGCUCGCAGCUACAAAACAGCCAAGCACACAAUAGCACGCAAGCUAAACAUACGUAACAACAAGUGUCCUUAAUUGAACAGUAUUUCAGUCUAAAAACGGCACAUUUGUCGGUAUAAACACGUAUCAAAUAAUUAUAGGCGCAUAUUACUUACAUAUACAAAUUAUCUAAUGCACAAGCGGAAUAGAAAGUAUGCAGUAACAAACGUGUCCGCUUUGACUUACUGCGUCAUGAGCUUGACUUAAUUAUGAAUUAAUUAUUGUGGCCACUAGCCGCUAUUGUGGCUUUCAUAGCUACCAUUGUUUUCUGUUUGGAAAAUGUCACUUAAUAGAGCCUUUUUUAAGAUUCCACACUACAAAAUAAUUAAAGUAUGGUCUACGAGUCGUGAUGGCAUUGUAUCCGCUUAAUAUUGGUAUAGGCCAAUACGCAAGGCUUCAAUAUUGAAAGUGAAAAAGAUGUAUCGGGACACCACUAAUAAUAACCGUUGAAUUACUCGUUACUUGAAAACAAAAACGGUGUUAUUCUAUACAGUAUCAAGUUAUUUGUGCAAUAACUACAUAUUGAUGUGUAAUAAAACUGUUACAACAAUGCAAUAAUAUUAUUUGUAUUUAAUGUAUUGUAUGCAUUGUUUCUUUUUGCCUUUUUGAUACAUGAAUGUUUAUUUGACUAUAUUUUUUUCCCCAUUGUUCACUCCUACUUUUUACUGUAUCACUGUGUGAUAAUGUUAUGUUGCAA